AUGCAAAAAGAAAUACCACAUGAAAUCAUCCAAUUACUUGAUGGAAUUAAGUUUCAGAAUGAAAAAAUCUUUGAGAUGCAAGAAGAACAAGUUCAAUGGAAUAAACAACAUGCUAUUAAUCUUAAAUGUAUCUUAGACAAAAUCAAUGAGAUGUAUCAAAUCAUUAGAGACUUUAAACAAACAAAAACGAAGUCUAUUCAACAAAAUCUUAAUACUCGUCCAUCUCUUACCACUACUUUCACUCCUAAAUCAAUCAAUAACUCAUUACAAAUCAUCCCUAAUGAAAGUUCAUCCAAAAAGAGAAUUUCUAGUCCUAUUAUCAAUAAAUCCUCUCAUACUACUAAUGUUAAAAAUAUUCAAAACACACAAAGAACAAAUCCAGUUCAAUCAUUGGUUGAUCUUCAAAGAUAA